AUGGCUAUUUUAGACCAAUCGUUCGAUUUGGUUAAAACAGUCAGGGUGGAAAGAGAAAGAGAUUUUAUAUUUAACACAAACAUAGUCAGGUUUACAGAUGUAACAACAGAGCAAACGUUGUCUUCUCCUGAACUGAAAAGAACUAACCUUCCAGAGGGACAGAGGAAAAGGAAGAUAACUAUUUUCAGCCGCGCUCAAUUGUCAGAAUUGGAGCGCGGUUUUGUGGUUUCCCCGUACCCGGACAUCACCCUGCGCGAAAGACUGGCUGCACUCACACUGCUUCCAGAGAGCAAAAUUCAGGUGUGUUUCCAAAACAGACGAGCUCGCAGUAUGAAAAGCAAGAAGCUGACCAGACCAGUAAGGAGAGUGAGUCCAAGCAGGACAAUAAGCUCGAACCCUUUUCCUGCAACUAGACUUCCAUCGACUUUAACCUCAGUGCAGAGUUCUGCGGCUCUGAGUCUCUGGUCUCAAAAUCUUCCGCACCCAACACCACCCUCACCACCCAUUUCUCCAGACCUGCCUGGAGUUCUGCCCCGGGGGAAGAGACACCCCGAUCCAUCUGGAGCUUCAUCUUUCUCCGAUUGUGAAAUCCUAUUGUUGUGCCAAUUGAUUCCUUUACAUCAAGCCAGUUUGGAGGGAGCUUUACAUAGACAGAAUCAGGCCCUGUCACACUACCAUCAGACCUCGUUGGGAGAUAUCUCUGAUCUCAUAUAUAGUGCAGCUGUAGUCACCAAUCUAGAAGACUGCUGA